UUAAAACAUGUAUUCGCGCAGCUGCCGAGGCCAACAUGCAUAACAAAGAUCUGUGUAGACACACAGGGCCUAUGGAUUAAACGGAUAGCAUCUUCGGUCAAAAGGGUUACCUGUGUUUUUGUCUACUCUGUAAUUGUAUGUCGAAGUAUGGAAUACAAUGUAGAACUUGUCAAUAAGCCCUGGCUGAUGCUUUUUGCCCCCGAUGUCGUGAGCAUGCAGUAGGCCUAUAGCGCAGUAUACAUGGAGGAAUUACCAUAGACGUGGACACUGAAGGAGAAAGUCUGUGCAGUAGGCCUACUUAAGUACUUGCUCUUCCUCGUUUAUGGGUGUUGGUUGCGAUCGGCCGACAUGAACGAUCAUCAAAACAAUCACUCUGCGCGAUUGGUCGGUCCUGCCUGAAAUCUCCAACUUCCACAGUUUUUCACUGGGGGAAUUGGGCCUACCCCUAGAAUUGUGAGAUUUGACGUCAGCUGCGCUCCCCACAAAGUGUCGAACCCCACAUUUCUGGAGGUAAACUGGGAGUUAUAAAAGUCAGAUUAGACACUUUGAUUCAAUGGACCCCACCGUGUUGAAGUUUGAAUGCAACAGCGAAGAUGAGGGGUUCAACAGCAGAAUUGAGUCCAACGUUGACAAACGUGACGUUCAAGAUGUCUCAGAAGAACCGGUCUCUCAAUUGUUUCCAGAGUACCUGCCUUCAGAAGCAGAUGAUUAUGAUGGUCAGCCUUCCCUGAUGGAUAACGGACUUGAAGAGCAAAAUGCUGGUGGCUCCGUGACCAAAUCUCCCCAGUUAUGGGGCCCGGACUGCUUCCAAGAUGCUCCAAGCAAUGACAACAGACUACAACAUGUGCAUGUGCAACCAGAUCAGCCAUCAGUCUCCUCGCUGAAACCACAGAAAACGGUCAAAAUGUGGCCCAUCAACAAGCGCAGCCGCAAGAAGUGGACCGCCCUGUAUGGCCAGCUCGCCGGCAAGAAGAUCAAGUGCUCAGAGUGUCCGGAGACGUUCCUGCACAAGCGCAGCCUCAGCCGCCACGUUGCCAUCAACCACGGGCCCAAGGUCUACUUCUGGUGCCAGCGGUGCUGCCGGGUCUACAACCGGCGCGACAACCUGCGGAGCCACUACCGCAGCCACCACCCCAAGCACAUUAGGGACCUGGACCACAUCCAGGGGGUCGGGCGGGACAGCUUUCUCUCAGAGGGGCAAACCUUGUUGGCAGAGGUCGGCACAGGUCCUGUAGGCAGGAGCACUUAUCACCUGCCAAGUAACAACAGUCAAUCUGUCAGUGGCAGCAGCAACCCGUCAAUCAGCAGCAACAGCAAUUUAUCAGUCAACAGCAGUAAUCCAUCAGUCAGCAGCAGCCAUCUCUUUGUCAACAGCAAUAGAAAUCCGUCAGUUAGCAGCAAUCUGUCUGUCAGCAGCAACAGAAAUCUGUCAGUCAGCAGCAACGCCAAUCUGUCAGUCUGCAGCAGUAAUCCAUCGGCCAGCAGCAGUAAUCCAUCAGUCAGCAGCAACAGCCCACAAGUCAGCUGCAGUGACAACUUUGGUGCUGGCAGCUCCACCAGUAAAGUUGGCAGCAAGCAAAUUCAAGCAGUGCAAAUCACAGAGAGGGAACAACGGCGGGUGGAUGCGUGUGAGGAGAAUUUGAGGGUGAGGACCGCCGUACUCCACACAAACAACAGCAAAAGUGCUGGCAAAGGUGCUUCUUUCACUGCUGCCAUCAGGCAACAAAGUGGGCAAAGGGUGCACCCUCCAAAACGGUUGCCGACCCUGUCCGUCCCUCCCGCAGGCAUUUGCUCGGAAGCCAAGAGGCCCUGUGUCAAUGCGUACCCCAUCCCGGCGGCCGGUUCAACACGACACCCUGUCACAGCAGCAGAUGUCUUGACAUUACAGCUGCAGCAUGAGUCCCACAGGGCAGAAGGAGAGGUUAUCCAGGUCUCGGACGAUUCCAGCUCCGAUGAGGAGCUGGAGAUCUUACCUCAGUCAUCACCCGGGGACCAGGGCACAUCGAGAGUGGAACGCGGUGCCCCAUUCAGAGACCUGCAGAUUGAGAAAGUGAUGCAAGGGCACGUGACAAGAGUCUCUGAAGAGCACCAGACUUACAUCUAUUCUGGAGGCGAGAAGAUCCGCGCCGAGAGAAGAACACGGACCUACAAUGUGCUGUAUCUUGACAAGGUUAAUCAGGGUACGCAAUCGACAACUCCGGAAACUGUGGCAAUCGGACCCAGCCUGACCGAGGAGAGACAAUUGGAGAGAACUGUGGAGGGUCAGGUGACCAAGAUCACAGAAACGUCGAGCAAGUACACAUACUCAUCAGGGCAGAAAGUGACUAAAGAGAAGACGUCUAGAGUCUAUGAUGUCAUGCUGCUCGCUGGAUUGACAAAUGUCUGAGCUGGUCGCAAAAGAAUUUUGUCAAAAUCAACUCCAAGACAUUUUGAGCCACGGUGGCUCUGUGAAAUUUCGGCAUAUUUUGUUUAAAGUUGACGCGGGUUUAAAUUGAUAUAAAACAGACUUUUGAAACCAAAGUCUUCAGGUGGAAAUUUUAAUUAGUUUAUUACUCUUUGAGUGAGCCACUUGGAAGUGUAUUUUCAGUGAAAAAAAAAGACAUCAGUUCGCUUCUCAUGAAAACUGGUGAUGGGGGGGGAUUCAAGUAAUUUUACACUGGUCAUAUGUCUCUUGUAUUUAAUCUUAAGGGGUAAAAAGUUUGGUUGGUCUUCAACAAGUAAGUUUCAGACCGGCUGGGUUUUGGAAGAUGAUAAUUUACCCAAGCCUAAGGCUGGCUGAUGUUUUAAUAACUGUCAAAAUUGGCCGUGAUCAGCUUUUGACCAAUAGGAACCAGUAAACUGUCUUGGGCAUUUAUUAAUACUAGUUAAUGAUAUGUCAUUUUAUUUAUUUUACUAGUUUUUCUAUUGCAGAGAAAGCUUUUAAAGAGAUGAGAGAAAUUGACAGGAGCAGAAUUUGAACCUGCGACAUGCUGACUACCAAACCGAUGGUUUGCCAACUCUGUUCACUAUUAACUGAGCUAUUUAGCCCUUUGUUGGGGAUUCCUCGUAUUUGUCAAUAUCUAUGUUCAGCGUGUGCAGCUCGGAAACCACAAACUACGGCAAAAGGUAUAGGAGAGAAAAACUGGGGCACCCAGCUCAUUGUAAAAUUGGUGGAAACUGGAACCAGGAAGGGGACUGAUCACUUGGGUCCAUCUUAUGCAUAAUUUGAAACAUUUUCAUGCAGUAAUUCAAGACCAUGUUUUUAUGUGAAAUACAGUGUACUAAGUCUAAAGUUCUCCAGGGCCUUCUUAUUUAUUAGUCACUUUUAAGUGUGCUUUAAAGACGAGACAAAAUAAAAAUACAUGUAACACUA